AUGGCUGCCACCGGAUUCGAAGGCUUCGAGAAGCGCCUGGAGCUUCGCUUCUAUGGCGACGACCCUUUAGCAACCACAAAUCGAUACUCGUCGCCAUUGGGCCUCCGUCAAAUUCUGGACUUCGAUUCACUGGUCCAAGUCCUAAACGCGGUCCAAUGCACCGUCGUUUCGGCCGUGGGGAACCGUUACUUCGACGCCUACGUUUUGUCCGAAUCCAGCCUCUUCGUCUACCCGACCAAAAUCAUCAUCAAGACCUGUGGGACCACCCAGCUGUUGAAAUCCAUCCGUCCGUUGAUCCAGCUCGCCACCUCAUCGCACGAUCAGGAUCUCUCCCUCUGCGCCCUCAGGUACACCCGCGGCAGCUUCAUCUUCCCUGAAUCCCAGCCCUCCCCGCACACCAGCUUCGCCGACGAGGUCGACUACAUCAACCGCCACCUCCCGCCGUCGCUCCGCCGCCGGAAGGCCGCCGUCAUGCCCUCCAACCUCACCUCCCACUCCUGGCACGUGUUCACCGCGACCACCGACCAGGCCCCCCACCUCAUUGGGCCUGGGCUCGAGCCCUUCUACACGGUGGAAGUCUGCAUGACGGAGCUGGACCGGGCCCAGGCCCGCAACUUCUUCCAGCCCCCGGGGAAAGGCCGAAACGGCGACGUAGCGGGGAAGGAAAUGACGAAGCUGACCGGGAUCAGCGAGAUCAACCCCGGUUCGAUCAUCUGCGAUUUCGGGUUCGACCCGUGCGGCUACUCGAUGAACGGGAUCGACCAGGAGCGGUACUCGACCAUCCACGUCACCCCCGAGGACGGGUACAGCUACGCCAGCUUCGAGUGCGUGGGGUCCGCCUUUGAUGAUGACGUGGACGACCUCGUGGAGGUGUUGAAGAAGGUGGUCCGGGUUUUUGGGCCUGGGGUUGUGUCCGUGUCCACUACUGGAGCGGGCCGCGAGGUUUGGGCCCGGUUGGGCCGAGCUAUGGAAGGGAUGAAGCGCCGGAGUUUUGCCGUGGACGAGUUCCCGGCUGCCGGGACCGUCGUGUUUCAAACGUUCACCGCCGGCCGCCGGAAGUAG